AACUAUUUAAAAGGAAUGCCAAACGUGAAGCAUGAGACACAAGAGCCCAGAGAGCAGAAGAUCUCCUCCCCAAUUCCACAUCGCCACAGAACUGCUUCCUCUGAACUGAAAUGCCUGCAGUGACAAGAUCAACCAGAAACAGGUUUGCAACGGGCAGGUUUCCGUCUGUCACUCUUGGAUUUGGAGAGGAUGAAGUGGAAGACAAGGAAGAAGAACCGAAAGAAGAAAAUGCGGGAGCAGGAAAAGGGUGUCAGGCCUGGUGGCGCAGGGUGUGCCCAUGCUGCUGUCCACAAGUAAAGGAUGACGACGUCACAGAGACUGUGACCACAGACCCCGACGGGGGGGACAAGGACGACGAAAAGCCCGAAACCGGUGGUGGUGAACUUGAAGAGCUCCUUCUAAAGGUGCAAUCAAUAGACCUGAUGAAAAGCAGAUCGGGACAGAACCGCACAGAACAUCACACGGACCUCUACCAAAGCGACAACUUCAUUAUCCGCAGAGGCCAGACCUUCCAAAUGUGGAUAACAUUGUCGAGACCUUUUGAUCCUCGCACCGACACGCUUCACCUACACCUAAAAACAGGGCCAGUGCCGUUGGUGGCAAAGGGAACCCAUGUAAUUGUCCCCCUGGUGGAGGACAUGGAGGACAACCGCUGGGAAGCCGUCGUGGUGGAAAAGGAUGACAAAAGAAUGAAGCUGUCCGUGAAUUCACCAGCCACUGCCAUCAUUGGCAGAUACCAGCUCACCGUGGAAACGACUUCUGCAAAUGGUCAGGCUGUUUCCACGCAUGACCCCGCUAAUGACAUCUACAUGCUCUUCAACCCCUGGAGUGAAGACGACUCCGUCUUCCUGGAUGCUGAAAAGGAGAGGCAGGAGUACGUCCUCAAUGAUGUCGGACGCAUAUAUUAUGGCACUGAAGAGCAAAUUGGAGCGAGGACAUGGAACUAUGGACAGUUUGACAGUGGCAUUCUGACCACUUGCCUCUACAUCCUGGAGAAGAGCAAAACCUUGAACUCUGGUUGGGGAGACCCGGUGAAUGUGGUUCGAAUCGUCUCUGCCAUGGUAAAUUCACCUGAUGACUUGGGGGUCUUGGCGGGAAACUGGUCAGGCAACUAUUCAGGAGGAACUUCUCCAACUGUUUGGAGUGGAAGUGUAGAAAUACUGAAGCAAUACUAUGCAAACAAAGGCUCACCUGUCAAUUACGGCCAGUGUUGGGUGUUUGCAGGCGUCACAACAACAGUUAUGCGGUGUUUGGGCAUUCCCACUCGAACUGUGACCAAUUUCAGCUCUGCUCAUGACACCGACGUUUCCUUGACAACAGAUGUGUACCUGGAUGAGAAACUGGAACCCUUGGAAAAUAUGAAUGCUGAUUCUAUCUGGAACUUCCAUGUGUGGAACGACUGCUGGAUGGCUCGUCCCGACCUGCCUCCAGGAAAUGGCGGCUGGCAGGCUGUUGAUUCCACCCCUCAGGAGACCAGCAAUGGCAUUUAUCGCUGUGGUCCUGCUUCUCUCACUGCUAUCCGUAACGGUCAAGUCUACCUCAAAUAUGACUGCCCCUUUGUGUUUGCAGAGGUGAACAGUGAUAAGAUCUACUGGCAAAGGAAUUCAGAUGGGACCUACAGUAAAAUCUUCAGUGAGAAGAAUGUGGUUGGCCGCAGCAUCAGCACCAAGGCUGUAGGCUCGGAUGAGCGCAGUGAUAUCACACACAUGUACAAACAUCCUGAAGGCUCUGAGGAGGAGCGCAUCGCCGUGGAAACAGCCUGUCGCUAUGGCUCCAAGGCAGAUACGUAUGCAUCUCCCACUGCAGAGGACGUCUCUAUAAAAGUGGCCAUGGAGGGAGAAGGUCCCAAAAUGGGGAGCGAUGCAGAACUUCUCAUCAAGUUAAACAACAGCAGCUCUGAGACGCGUACUGUGACCUUACAUAGCCAGCUGGCAGUCAUGUACUACACUGGAGUCAACAAAGCUACUGUCCAAAAGGACAAGGUAGAAGUGGAACUGCCACCCAACGAAGAGACGACCUUGGAAUGGUCCAUGAUUUACAAUGCAUACAAAGACCAGCUGGUAGAUCAGGCAGCCCUGAUGUUGACACUGUCAGGCAGGGUCAAAGAAACCCAGCAGGUGUUGGCCACUCAGUUUAGUUUCCGCCUCAGAACCCCAGACCUCAUCAUAAAGCCGAUCGGGAAAGCUGUGGUUGGAAAGAAGAUGGCAGUGGAGAUUUCAUUUACAAACCCGCUACCACAGGUGCUGAAAGCUGUGGUAUUCAAUGUGGAAGGCAUUGGUCUUCUACCUGCACGAAAAAUUCUUCAUGGAGAUAUUGCCAGCCAAGCCUCCAUUACUCUCACGGAGCACUUCACCCCUACCCUUGCUGGAACAAGGAAAUUGGUGGCUUCUAUGGACUGCAGGCAGCUCACACAGGUUCAUGGUGUUAGCAACAUCACUGUGGAGGCCUGAAGCUGCAACACUCAGUCAUUCACAGAAAGACACACUUUAAUACCGCAAACUGUGGGAAACCUAAAAUAUUUAAAAUGCUCUUUCAAUGGAUAAGAUGUUGUAAUACUCAGCUAACUUUGCACUAAAACCAGAAAAUACUGAACUGUAGAGAAAACAAGUGAUUCUGUUUUGUACAAGUAAGUGUUAUCCUGCAUCCUUUCCUCCAAUUUUUUUGGAGAUGACAAAGUAAAGACGAAGUAAAGCUGUUUCUGUGGGCAAACUAUUGCUGUUUUUGCCUUAACGAAAUGUGCAAAUGAAGGCACAACUCAACUAAAUACUAGAACUCCUAUUUAUUUAAAAAUAUCUAUUUUGUUUCGUAAUAUCCACGUUGGUUUUGCCAAUAUUAUUUUUUCUAUAUUAACUCAAUGCUGCAUAAAUAUUGUGGGAUUAAAGCUUGUGGAUCUGAAAUUGCUGUUGCAGUAAGUGAAUGGUGGUUGAACCUGGACUUCAUCCAACGGUUUCUUACAAAAAUGAGAAAUGCUGUGAAGUUUCUUCUGUUUUCUGCAAAUGUUCAUUCUCAAACUUUUCAUGAAAUUUCUUUUCAGGAAAUUAAAGUCAUUCACAACUUUAGAAA